AGAUAGCAUAUAUGCAACAGGUGCUCGGACUUGGACGACAAUAAAAAAACAGCUUUUAUCUGGUCAUGCUUUUUAGGUUUAGCCUGCAUAUAUCAUGGAUCUAACUUGAGCCCACCCAGAGACCCGCCUCGUUCAUUCAAUUGGUCUGCCACGAACCUGUUUGGUGAAAUCCGCCGUUUGUCAGUCAACACUACUGUAUCCUCCUCCUCGCUUGGCAUCAUCCUGUUGUGUGCCCACCUAGUUCCAGCGACGAGCGACCCGAAAGCCUUCUGCUUGAAGUGAAUAUAUUUCUAGCAAAAGCCGCCGGCUCGGCACGCGUUUUCAGAUUUGUUUUCGGCCGUUGUCGUAGCCUUUUAUUUUAUCGUCAAAAUGAGCCAAGAUGUAAUAGGCUGCUGUGUAGUUAUAGCUAGCUAGGCAGUCAAAUUCCUUCAACCAGCAGCCUGCUGCUUCAAUCACUGCGGGUUGACACAUUUUAGCCGAGGCGCUGUUUAGUGAGCUAGCGGGCUAGCAGGGCAGCCUCCAUAGCCGUUACGUCUAAUUUAGCCAGCGUUAGCUGAUGUAGUUACUCGGAAAACAGGCGCAGUGCUGCGGUGUGGAUAGUGCAACAUAGAUUACCACUCUAAUAUUAGCUUGCUGACAAGGGGUCUUUACUUUUACAGCCUAAACGGGCUUAUCUAACGUUGGGGAGAGUGCACAGAUAUCAGCUGUUACGGGUUCGGAUGUGGCGACUCUGCGGUCUUAAACCACUUUUAGCGGAUUGAGAAGAUUAAAUUAAAGAAGGUAGAAUUGGAUCUCCCAGUGACACACGAGGGGUUAAUGAUAUAAACGGGUAUUAAGUGGCUAAUCUGUGGCAGCUGGAGUCAUUUUAAUAUUAGCUGUAUUAAGAGGCGUGCAGGCUGAGAGCAUCUCGGGGAGGCCCCACCGUCUGCUGGCUCCCUCCUCCCUGUCCGAAUCUCCCGUGAUUUGCCGAGAUCGCCCGGUUGAAGUCGCAGUUGCUCUCGGCCGGGGGGACAACUUGACAGCGAGGCCCCUUGGCUAGUCUCCCCCCCACCCCCUCCCCCAGUCCUAUCCAUCCAUCCACUCGUCCGGUCCGACACUACUACCACCACCACCACCUCCCUCCACCUCGCUAGAGACAAGCGAGGAAACCGAGGUUCGGGAGAAGCUGAAACCGUGGGCAAGUGUUCGUUAGGUCCCGCCUGAACCGGGCUGCCAAAAACCAGAGGGGAUGACUCUGGAGUCCAUGAUGGCUUGCUGCCUGAGCGAAGAGGCGAAGGAGUCGAAACGAAUCAAUGCAGAAAUUGACAAACAACUCCGCCGAGACAAGCGAGACUCCAGGAGAGAGCUGAAAUUACUGCUGCUUGGUACAGGAGAAAGUGGCAAGAGCACCUUCAUCAAGCAGAUGAGGAUCAUCCAUGGAGCUGGAUACUCUGAUGAAGAUAAAAGAGGCUUCAUUCGACUUGUUUACCAAAACAUCUUCACCUCCAUGCAGUCCAUGAUCCGCGCCACUGAGAACCUCAAGAUCCCCUACAAAUAUGAAGACAACCGGGCUAAUGCUAUGCUUGUGAAGGAGGUGGACAUUGAGAAGAUCAAUAGUUUUGAGCAACCAUACAUCACAGCUAUUAAAAGCCUGUGGGCUGACCCAGGAAUCCAGGAGGCCUACGACCGCCGCAGAGAAUACCAGCUCUCUGACUCCACAAAAUAUUACCUUAGUGAUAUAGACCGUGUGACUGCGGAGGGUUAUGUUCCCACCCAGCAAGAUGUUCUGAGGGUCCGUGUUCCCACCACGGGUAUAAUAGAGUACCCGUUUGACCUGGAGAACGUCAUCUUCAGUUAUCUUUCGGAUCUGGAUCGUAUUUCAGAUCCCAACUAUCUUCCCACACAGCAGGAUGUACUCAGGGUGCGCAUCCCCACUACAGGAAUCAUAGAGUACCCCUUCGACUUGCAAAGCAUCAUUUUCAGGAUGGUAGAUGUAGGGGGCCAGAGGUCAGAGAGGAGGAAGUGGAUUCACUGCUUUGAGAAUGUCACUUCCAUUAUGUUUCUUGUGGCGCUGAGUGAGUAUGAUCAGGUCCUGGUGGAGUCGGACAAUGAGAACCGCAUGGAAGAGAGUAAGGCUCUGUUCAGGACUAUCAUUACCUACCCCUGGUUUCAAAACUCCUCAGUCAUCCUCUUCCUUAAUAAGAAAGACCUGCUAGAGGAGAAGAUCACCUACUCGCACUUGGUGGACUACUUUCCCGAGUUUGAUGGUCCCCAGAGAGAUGCACAGGCAGCGCGGGAGUUCAUCCUCAAGAUGUUUGUGGACUUAAACCCAGACAGCGACAAGAUCAUCUACUCUCACUUCACUUGUGCCACGGACACUGAGAACAUCCGCUUUGUGUUUGCAGCUGUCAAAGACACCAUCCUACAGCUCAAUCUCAAAGAGUACAACCUGGUGUGAGGGCUCAAAUGCGACGCACAUCUCCUCCCCCACUGCACAAAUGCACACCUCUUUGGGAAUGUGCCGUCAGCUCCACAUGCAUUACACAGCACAUCACUCCAGCUCACAUACACAAACACACAGACGCAGAUGUGCACGCACGCACGCACACAACCCC